ACUUGACAGAACAGUGGGUUGUGCCAUUAGCUAGGCAGCGGCGGGAGGCACCACGUUGCGUCACUUCUGCGCGCCGGCGGGGAAGGGUGAAGGUUUUGCCGAAGGGGCGGCUCGAGAAGAGCGAGGCGGACGGUGGCCGCAUGAGGACAUACCGAGCAAUGCAUCAUGUCCAAAAUGGGAGCGUUGCGUGUGGGACUUGGUGUGGUCUUAGGAGCAGCUGCAGGAAUAGGUCUUUUCUACUACUUUUACAAGCAGAAGAGAAAAAAGCCCUGGCAUAAAGGCAAACCAAGACCUGUCAAUUUACAGAGUCAGCACAAUGCACUGGAGCCUCAGGAACACACAGAACAUCUGCAGCGUUAUAAUCAGGUUCCAUUGAUGAGAACAGGACCAGUAGGGGGUGGUGAUAAUAUCCCAUAUGCACCUCUUUUGACACGUGAAGAACAAGCUGAAGUGCUGAACCGUCUGGACUUCCUGCUUAGAAGCCUUGUAGAGCUGCGGAAUGAAGUAGAAGAGUUACGGAAUAGCCUACAAAGUUUGGCAGGAGAUAUUAUUGGAGAAGUCAGAUCCCAUCUAGAAGAAAGCCAGAAGGUUAUUCGUCGAAGGCGUUUUCCAUAUCCCAGAGAAAGGAGUGAUUCUACAGGAUCUAGCUCCAUAUAUUUUACAGCCAGCUCAGGAACAGUCAAUACAGAUGAUGGGGAAAGUGAAGGAGGGUACACCACAGCCAAUGCAGAAUCCGAUUAUGAUCGGGAGUCUGAUAAAGAGAGUGAGGAAGGAGAAGACGAAAUCAGUUGUGAAACAGUGAGGACAGCAAGGAGGGAUUCUUUGGAUCUUGUCAAUGAAGAUGAAACUGCCUUGGCCAUGGACCCUGCUUCAGAAGAGGAACUAGCUCAGUUACUACAACAAGUGGAUCAUUUGCACCAAGGGAAUGACCAGGAGAAGAGAGAAGGAUUCCAACUGCUGCUUAACAAUAAACUAGCGUAUGGUGACAAGCAAGAUUUCCUUUGGCGGCUGGCCCGAGCAUAUAGCGAUAUGUGUGAAAUUACAGAAGAUGCAGAUGAGAAGAAGUCCUAUGCAUCUGAUGGCAAAGAAGAGGCAGAAACAGCUUUGCAGAUGGGAGAUCAAAGUGCUGAGUGUCACCAGUGGUAUGCUGUUCUGUGUGGUCAGUUCUCAGAGCAUGAAAGUAUACAAAAACGCAUUCAUGCAGGGCAUGAUUUCAAGAAACACGUGGACAAAGCAAUCACUCUGAAACCAAAUGACCCUAAGUCUUAUUAUCUUCUGGGCCGAUGGUGUUACCAGGUCUCUCACCUAGGAUGGUUAGAAAGAAAAACUGCUUCUGCUUUGUAUGAAGAGCCCCCUACGGCCACUGUCCAAGAUGCACUGCAGAACUUCUUAAAGGCUGAAGAGCUGAACUCAGGUUUUUCAAAGAUGGGAAGGGUAUACAUUGCAAAGUGUUACAAGGAACUGGGAGAUGAUUCUGCAGCUGCUCACUGGCUGAGUUUGGCUUCAGAGCUGACCGUUAUCACAAAAGAGGAUGCAGAAGCUGACAAAGAAAUAGAAGAGAUGCAAGCAGUGUCAGAAGACUAAGCAAGUGUAAUGUUUCCAUUCAUGUGAUGGUUACAAAUGAGCAAAACGAGAUUUCACAGUCCUGGCCCUAAGAAAACAAAAAUGAAAAACAAGUUAGCUAGCAUAUCUUCAUGGAUAUUUUGAAGUCAUGUAUGUUCACCAAUCAAAUUCAUCAUUCAAAGAAAUAUUAAUAGAAUACUUCCUGUAAUGAUAUUCAAUCAACAUUCUGUUUCAUAUGUUGAUCCCUGUCCAUAAAACAUUACAAUAAUUCUUCAGAAACAGGGGUUAUACCAGGGCCUAAAUCUAGUUGUCAUACUAGGGCCUAAAACGAGACAGUUGUGUACAGGCGAGAUAUGUAUUACUCCUUGUACGUAUCCCACUGAGGAUCAUUCAGUCUGAAUUCUGUUGUUAACCCCAACUAGAUGAGAUACACUGACUCAAUGGGAACUUGGGAAGAUCAUGUUCAGUAGUUUUAUUCUAGUGUUCAAAGGGCCUAAAUUCAAUUCUGCCUAACCUGAAUUGAACACACAAGUUAAAUUGCGAUAUGAUUCCCCAUGCUCCAUAAAAUUAAUUUUCCUUAAUUAUUUGAAUACUCCAUUAAAACUGUUAGCUGACUGUAUGUACACACCCACAUAUAUGUGGCUUAGGUAUUUGUGGUCAGUUCACAGGGGAAAAUUGGGAGAAUCUACUGUACAUGUUAGAUACAAUUCAUUGUCUAUUGUUAUUGAAAACAGUUGAGCACUGAUCCUUUUGUGUGCGGCUAACAUCUAAGUGUGGGUUGGCAGCAUGACAUUAAGAGUGUAGUUAGCAGUAGGCCAUUAUUCUGAAAACUAAAGUUCCACUUUACCCCUUACAAAUACCUCUUACAAUAUUUUUGUCUAACGCACAAACCUAGCUAACUCCUUCGGGACAUCAUGUUGCUUCUUGACUACACUGUGAUAUUAUUCUGCAUGAGCAGAAGAGCCUAACCCAUGGAGCAUAUGUCAGAAAAAUAUCAACGUUAAAUUCCUUAACGUUUGGGGACCAAAUCACUUUUUCAGUUUCUAUAGAUGUUUUAAAAGAAACAGUAACACAACCAGAAGAGACAGUUAAAAUCAAUGUAAGAGAUUUAAAACAAGAAGAAUUUUCUGUCCCUGCUGGUUUUGCCAAUGUAUGGCAACAUAGUUUUUUUAAAGUUGUCACUAAAAUGCAUUCCUUCUUUGCAGUCUAGAGCAUUAACUGCUGACUAUAGAGCAAGAAUGGGCCGUGGAGGGGCUCCAGUGUAAGUCUGCAAUUUUUUGUAAUUAGAAAAAAAUAUUUUGGGCUGUUGUGUGUUUUCAGGGCUGUACGGCCAUGUUCCAGAAGCAUUCUCUCCUGACGUUUCACCUGCAUCUAUGGCAGGCAUCCUCAGAGGUGGUCAGCUCUCUGAGGCGAAUGCUUGGAACAUGGCCAUACAGCCCAGAAAACACACAACAACUCAGUGAUUCUGGCCAUGAAAGCCUUCGACAAUACAAAAAAAUCCUUUCCUUAGAAAAAAUAUUUCUACGAACCAUGGAGGCAGAUUCACCAGGGAGAGGUGACCUGACAAAAAAGACCUUUUUUGGACCUAAAAAAAAUCACUGCCCCCUGGAAACCUGGUGAAUUUGCUCUCGAGAAGGCCAGGGUAUGUGCUUCCCCCAAAUCUUAUAUAUUUACAACUGUUGUUAUGAUGUAAUACUGCAGUGUAUACUACAUACUUAUGCCAUGAAAUCAAAUUACUCUUCAGUUUCAGCCUGCUGUAGACCCAACAAUCUUACUAGCUCCCAGGUGUGAUAUAAUUCUGUGUUCUGUAUAUCCUCUCCUUUUGGCAGCAACACAAGUGAGGUUUCUCCGUAUUUUUAAAGGCUAAAUUUUACAAGUACGUUGUGGCAGAGGUAUUAUAAUAAGUUGUAAUACACACUGCCAUGUUUGACAUUUUUAUACAAUGAGGUUAGCUAAUAAGACGUUUAUGAUUCCUACUCCUAAAUAUAGCAUUAUACUAGGAUUGUUUUUUUAACAUUUCCAGAAAUCAUGGCAGAGAAGGGAACUAUAUUUUUCAUCCAGAUAUUUUCUUCUUUUUUCAUAUUUCUGCCCAAAACAUUUGAACUUUCACUUUGUCCUGGAUACAUGUCCAAGCAAACAGGCUUAUUCCAUGAAAACAAGCUUAGAAAUGUUUUCCCCCAAUGGGUAUGCUUUUAAUGGCACUUGUGAUUAAAUAGCAAAAGCAGAACUUUGUCCUCCACUAUAUUAAUGGAUUCUGCCCCCAUAAAUUCAAAUUUCCUUGGCUUGAAAAUAUGUAUUUAAAAUAAACCACAAAGCAAACCAUGACUUUGCUAUUUUAUAUAAAGGACAUUGUUUUAUGAUACCAUUAUAUAUAAUUGGACUUGAGCAUCCAUUGAUUUUUGAUAUCCAUUGCGAGGUCCUAGAACCAAACCCCAGCAGAUCUUCUUAAAUGGCUGUGAAGUGUGGGUGCUCCUCAGUUCAGUACAUGGCCAGAAAGUGUCUUCUAAAAGGUCUGCUAAAUGAACAUUGUAUGUUAUUUAAAGGUUUAUAUAAACAUUCUAAAAGUAAAGGUCAAGGUCUCCCCUUGACAUUAAGUCUAGUUGUGUCCAACUCUGAGAGGCUGUGCUCAUCUCCAUUUCUAAACCGAAGAGCCGGCGUUGUCCAUAGAUGCCUGUUAGGCCAUGUGGCCGGCAUGACUGCAUGGAGCACCAUUACCUUCCUGCUGGAGUGGUUCCUAUUUGCUCACAUUUGCAUGUUUUCAAACUGCUAGGUUGGCAGAAGCUGGGACUAACAGCCCUGCUCCCCUGAUUUGAACCGCCGACCUUUCGAUCAACAAGUUCAGCAGCUCAGCGGUUUAAUCCACUGCACCACCAAGGGCUCCAAUAAUAAACAUUUUAAUGCUUAAUAAUUCUUGUUUAGUCCCUUAAUAAGUACUCCCUGCUUUGCUAAUGACUUAUUAUAGACCAGGAGCCUCAAAGGUACAUUUGCGGGUGCAACUGUCAAUGGAAACAGACGAUCUUUCUUAUCUGCAUCAGCCCUUCAUAUUUGUGAAUUGUUCUGGGGUGCUGUGAAAUAGUAUAGGGCUGGUGUCUGUGCCAUGCCGGGGGCUUCAGGGGCAAAAGAAGAACACCCCAUUGUGCUUUUACUUCAGUACAAGUGCAACAUUAGAUUUAAGCCUUAAAAUCAGUGUCUUCAUUCCUCAUGCAAAACCUACCCAUUCCUCAUUCAAAGCCUCAUGCAGAACUUAUUUGCUUCAACAGUGUUGAUAGAAGGGAAGAUUCUCCAGUAUCAGGCUCUAUGGUACAUACUCAGUCUGUACCAUAUUAUAGUACGGUUUGGAGCAUCUUCAGUUUGAAAUAUCAGAAAAUGAGGGUGGGGCACUUUUCAGGGACAAUUCAACUCCCACAAGCCUUGGUUAAUCCUAGUAUAAUGCUAAUACAAAACUCUUUUUUAACAGAUAACUUUGAUAUUUAGUGGAGAAUUUGCCAGAAGAAACUGGUGGAAUUUGACUCUUGAUUUUAGCUAAUAUUCCACUUUUUAUCCAAAGGCUUCAUGACCAAAUCCAAGGUCCUGUUCACAAAGAAGUGGCUUGUUUUAUUUAAAAGAAGCAGACUAGCUUAACUAAUAUUUUCCUGCAAGUUUUCAAUAAUUUUCAAAUUUGUUGCUGUAUGCUGGCUCUGUGUAAUUUAAAAAACAGGAUAUAAUCUUAUCAGUUUCAUCAUUCCCAAAGAUUUUUUUCUUCUUUUUUGAUGUGUGGUGUGAGAGAGAUAAAGAUUUAAUAACUAAAUUUAAUAAUUUAAUAAUUAUAUGUCCCUUCUCUGUGUUGUCAAAGGAUUUCAUGGCCGUAAUCACUGAAUUACUGUGAGUUUUCCAGGCUGUAUGGCCUUUUUUUGUUGUUGUGUCAGGAGCGACUUGAGAAACUGCAAGUCGCUUCUGGUGUGAGAGAAUUGACUGUCUGCAAGGACGUUGCCCAGGGGACGCCCAGAUGUUGUGGGAGGCUUCUCUCAUGUCCCCGCAUGAGGAGCUGGAGCUGAUAGAGGGAGCUCAUCCACUCUCACAACCUCCGAGGAUGCCUGCCAUACAUGUGGGCAAAACGCCAGGAGAGAAUGCUUCUGGAACAUGGCCAUACAGCCCAGAAAACUCACAGCAACCCAAAAAAGUGGAUAUUGGAUUAUUGGUUUGAAUGAACGUUUUACUGUUCUGGGGAUGAAAGUGCAUUUGCACACAUAAAAAGCUGACAAUUUUAGUGAAAUAGUCUCGAGGCUUUUAUAGUUAUGCUUUGUUCGGACCCAGUGGUUCUUAAAAAAUAUUUUCUAUUGAUCUCUGCUGGAGUUUGGUGGGUUGCGUUGUUGUUAAUUACACUAUUCAGCUCUGGAAUCAUCAAAACCAAACAAACCCUAGCAACAACUAUUGUGAAAGGCUGCUUUGGCACAUGGUGCUGGUGCAGCUUCACAGGUCCCAGGGCCUAUAACCUGAUCAAUAAUUCGACCCUUGUCAAAAGAAUUGCAAAGCUCAAGUUGUUAAAAAAAAAAAACUACCAUUAAGGCCAAUUACAAAUAUUCCCCAUUUUUCCAUAGCCUUCCCAUGGAGAACCUGAAUGAAGUCCAUGGGCAGAGCAUGGAAAACCCAUUUUUUGGUUGCGCCUCCCCAAACCCCCAGUAGCUAUACUGGAAAUCAUAAUCAGAAAAAUAUUUCAUGGGCCUCCCCAGUGUGCAGAUGUCAUCUUGAGAGCUAAUCCCAUGUACUGCGCCUCAGAAACAUAUUAUGUAAACCUGGCAAAAUUAAAAACCUGUGAAGUUGCUGGACCAAAUUUUGGCACUUUGUGGGAAGCAGCAUUAGUUGUUAGCAAACCUCUUGGUUCUCCAAUUAUCAAGGGAACUGACAAGCUGCUUCCUGGAUGCCUUUGAAAUUAGUUUUUGCUCAUGGAAACAGAAGUUCGAUACUUUUGUAUGAUAUGCGUGGGAGAACUGCACAACUUGAAUGGAUACUGACAGACUAUUUUCUGUAGGUACUACUUAUAAAAGAAAGCUUUAAAGGCAUUUAAAAGAUACUGAUGAUUUGUAACAAAGGCAGCAGUCUAUCCCCACUUAUCUGCAAAGAAGUCCUAUUAAACUUGGACUUAUUUCUGAGUAGAGAUACUAUACCUUGUGCUGUUAACUACACAUUCUGGCACAUUUUAAUAUUCCAUGUAAAUUCUUAAUAGAUGUGAACCUAGAAUAAUACAGUAUUUGCAGUUGAAUACCGAUUGUUCAAAGUUUGUUUUCUAUGUAUGAAAUUCUGAAAUUGCACUGAAAAUUCCUUUCCCCCCAAAAAAUGUGAAUAUAUUUCUGUUAGUGUGGUAUGAGUGGAUGUUUGAAUCAAAUUAUUUUACUCAAACCAUAGUAAAGGUAAAGGUUUCCCCUUGACAUUAAGUCUAGUCAUGUCCGACUCUGAGGGGUGGUGCUCAUCUCCUUUUCUAAACGAAGAGCUGGCAUUGUCCGUAGACACCACCAAGGUCAUGUGGCCGGCAUGACUGCAUGGAGUGCCGUUACAUUCCCACAGAAGCGAUACCUAUUGAUCUAUUCACAGUUGCAUGUUUUCGAAUUGCUAGGUUGGCAGAAGCUGGGGCUAACAAUGAGAGCUCCCUCCUACUUUGUUCUAAAGGUUCUUAUCCAAAAUAUGACAGUGUAUUAUAGUUAAUGGCAUAGCAUAUUGUGCUGAAAUCUCCAAAUAUUCUGAAAUUACUUCAGACUACCAAAGUGAAAGGUAGAUAAUUAAUCUGAAGUCAAACAAGAAUAUAUAUUUAGGGGAAAUAUGUGGAUUGCAGCCUCAGGUGAAAAUAAGCUAAGAGAGUGUGUGUGUGAUAUAGUUGCACAAGUUUGGUUGGAGAACUGUGAAUCAGUGUCAAAAGCUUUCAUGAAUGCACUGCAGACCUCCCAGAGGGUGGGUGACUUGGCACUGAAAAGUUGUAAGGUUCAAAAAUGAGUUGAUAAAAGGCAUAUCAUGUUAUGAAUGUGGUGAGAUUAAUUUUCAGUAUCUGAUACAGGGAACAGAAGAUGAUUAUAUUUCCCUACCAAAAUUCUUGGAUUGUGUAUUUUUAUUGUUUCUAAACACCAAACUAAUAUAAGAAUUGUAAACUUGCACAAAUGAUUUUAACUUGCUUCAUUCGAAAUAAAAGUGAAAACAUUGUCCAACA